AUGCCUCGUAUAGUGGCGGAGAACGUGGUGGAUAGUAUGGGGUCGUUUUAUGAACGGGGACAAGUUGCGGCUUCUCGGUCUCUCGGAGAGCUUCUCAAGUACGUCGGAGACAUAAGGAAGGAGGCGAAUAGUGAAGAGACGCCGGCUCAUCGUGUUUUGGAGAUGAGCGAAACUAGCAGCGAGCCUAGAUCGUUACCGUUUGUUUUGAAGUUCGAUAAUCUGACGUACAGUGUGAAACUUAAAAGGAAGAUGGCGGUUCCGGCUUUAUUUGGUCAACGGGAGAGGUUAGGUGGUUCGUCGAUGGAUCCGGUUGGAAGAGAGAAUAUGUUUUCGAGGAGUAAGGUUUUGUUGAAUGAUAUCUCCGGUCAAGCCAGGGACGGCGAGUUAAUGGCGGUGCUAGGUGCUAGUGGAUCUGGAAAAUCAACUUUGAUCGAUGCUUUGGCGAAUCGGAUCGCAAAAGGAAGCUUGAAAGGAACGGUGACGUUGAACGGCGAACAAUUGGAAUCCAGAUUGCUGAAGGUGAUUUCAGCUUACGUGAUGCAGGAUGAUCUCUUAUUUCCGAUGUUAACCGUCGAAGAAACUUUGAUGUUCGCCGCCGAGUUCCGCCUCCCUCGAACAUUCUCGAAAUCUAAAAAGAAGCUGAGAGUGCAAGCUCUCAUCGAUCAAUUAGGGCUUCGAAACGCCGCCAAAACGGUCAUAGGCGAUGAAGGUCACAGAGGAGUUUCAGGCGGAGAACGCCGGCGAGUCUCGAUCGGAAUCGAUAUCAUUCACGAUCCGAUUAUCCUGUUUCUGGACGAACCGACGUCAGGGCUUGAUUCAACCAGUGCUUACAUGGUGGUGAAGGUUUUGCAACGGAUUGCACAGAGCGGCAGCAUUGUGAUAAUGUCCGUACACCAGCCGAGCUACCGUCUUCUCGGACUACUCGACCGCCUUUUGUUUCUUUCCCGUGGACAGACCGUCUACAAUGGAUCUCCGUCGGAUCUCCCGUUAUUCUUCUCCGAUUUUGGCCAUCCGAUUCCCGAUAAGGAGAACCGGACGGAGUUCGCACUCGAUUUGAUCAGAGAACUCGAAGGUACUCCCGGAGGAACCAGAAGCCUAGUCGAAUUCAACAAAACAUGGCAAAACCUGAAGCGAUCUCACAACACCACAACCACCGGCAACGAAACCCCCACCCAUGGCUUAACCCUCAAAGAAGCAAUCAGCGCAAGCAUAUCGAGAGGGAAAUUAGUCUCCGGCGCCGGCGCCAACAACGGCAAUAACCCAACCUCUAUGGUGCCAACAUUUGCCAAUCCAAUGUGGAUGGAAAUGGCGGUUUUAUCGAAACGAUCUUUCACCAAUUCACGGAGAAUGCCGGAGCUAUUCGGUAUCCGAUUGGCGGCGGUAACAGUUACCGGUUUCAUAUUAGCCACCGUGUUCUGGAACCUCGAUAGUUCCCCAAGAGGCGUUCAAGAACGAUUAGGGUUCUUCGCGUUCGCCAUGUCCACAACAUUCUACACCUGCGCCGACGCCUUGCCGGUCUUCCUCCAAGAACGUUACAUUUUCAUGAGAGAAACCGCCUACAACGCUUACCGGCGAUCUUCAUACGUACUUUCCCACUCACUCGUCGCUAUCCCAUCUCUCAUUUUCCUCUCACUCGCAUUCGCCGCCAUCACUUUCUGGGCGGUGGGACUCGCCGGCGGUGUUUCUGGUUUCCUCUUCUACUUCUUUGUAAUACUGGCCUCAUUCUGGGCAGGCAGCUCAUUCGUCACAUUUCUCUCCGGCAUCGUCCCUCACGUCAUGCUCGGUUACACCAUUGUCGUCGCGAUUCUAGCUUACUUCCUUCUCUUCAGUGGAUUCUUCAUCACUCGUGAUCGAAUCCCCGGUUACUGGAUUUGGUUUCACUACAUGUCUCUGGUGAAAUACCCUUACGAAGCUGUUCUACAAAACGAAUUCGACGAUCCCGUCAAAUGUUUCGUUCGAGGAACUCAGAUCUUCGACAACAGCCCUCUCGCCGCCGUGGAUAACGCCGUGAAAGUGAAACUGCUACAAAGCAUGAGCGGAUCAUUGGGAGUAAAUAUCAGCGGCAGCACUUGUCUGACCACCGGCGUCGAUAUACUGAAACAACAAGGGAUUACCGAUCUGAGCAAAUGGAGUUGCCUGUGGGUGACAGUGGCUUGGGGAUUCUUUUUCAGGAUUCUGUUCUAUUUCUCCUUGUUGCUAGGAAGCAAAAAUAAAAGGACGUAAAGUGUAAGAACUUAAAUCUUGGUGGACUUAUAUGUAACU